GUCUGGCGGGGAGGUGACGAAGCUGUCCUCUAGCAGCGUCACUGUCCUUCAGCCAUCUUAAUAACAAUGCUGGGCGCUGUGGGACGCGGCUGUAGUGGUGCUCUGCAGGCUUUUAAACCUGCUAUCAACUCAUUCAAGACCUUAAGCGGUAGACAUGUAAGCCUAAAUUCGGGGCGGGGUUAUGCUAGCCCAGCUGCUCAAGCAGCUUUGGCCAACGGUCGCAUCGUGGCUGUGAUCGGCGCCGUGGUGGAUGUCCAGUUCGAUGAAGGCCUCCCCCCCAUCCUCAAUGCACUGGAGGUGGCAGGCCGUGAGAGCAGGCUGGUUCUUGAGGUGGCCCAGCAUCUGGGUGAAAACACUGUCAGGACAAUUGCCAUGGACGGCACAGAGGGUCUGGUCCGUGGGCAGAAGGUUCUUGACACUGGGGCUCCGAUCAGAAUACCUGUAGGUCCUGAGACUUUGGGCAGGAUCAUGAACGUCAUUGGAGAACCCAUUGAUGAACGUGGUCCAAUUAGCACGAAACAGACUGCUCCUAUCCACGCUGAAGCUCCUGAGUUCACAGACAUGAGUGUGGAGCAGGAGAUCUUAGUCACUGGGAUCAAAGUUGUAGAUCUGCUGGCUCCCUAUGCCAAGGGUGGAAAGAUUGGCCUGUUUGGAGGCGCCGGUGUGGGCAAGACGGUGCUAAUCAUGGAGCUGAUCAACAAUGUGGCCAAGGCUCACGGUGGCUACUCUGUGUUUGCGGGUGUGGGAGAGCGCACCCGUGAGGGCAACGACUUGUACCAUGAAAUGAUUGAGUCUGGCGUUAUUAACCUGAAGGACACCACCUCAAAGGUGGCGCUGGUGUAUGGUCAGAUGAACGAGCCUCCAGGCGCCCGUGCCAGAGUCGCUCUCACCGGCUUGACUGUUGCUGAAUAUUUCCGCGACCAAGAGGGGCAGGAUGUGCUUCUGUUCAUUGACAACAUCUUUCGGUUUACCCAGGCUGGAUCAGAGGUGUCUGCGCUGUUGGGUCGUAUCCCGUCUGCUGUGGGGUACCAGCCCACCCUGGCCACUGAUAUGGGUACCAUGCAGGAACGAAUUACAACCACAAAGAAGGGUUCCAUCACCUCAGUACAGGCGAUCUACGUGCCUGCUGACGACUUGACCGACCCUGCUCCUGCCACCACCUUCGCUCACCUGGACGCCACCACCGUGCUGUCCCGUGCCAUCGCUGAGCUCGGCAUCUACCCUGCCGUGGACCCCCUUGACUCCACUUCCCGCAUCAUGGACCCCAACAUUGUUGGGGCCGAGCACUACGACGUCGCUCGAGGUGUACAGAAGAUCCUCCAGGACUACAAAUCCUUGCAGGACAUCAUUGCUAUUCUGGGUAUGGAUGAACUGUCUGAGGAAGACAAGCUGACCGUAGCCCGUGCUCGCAAGAUCCAGCGUUUCCUGUCCCAGCCGUUCCAGGUGGCUGAAGUCUUCACGGGCCACAUGGGGAAGCUGGUACCUCUGAAAGAAACCAUCAAAGGCUUCCAGAGCAUCCUAGGAGGUGAAUAUGAUGCCUUACCUGAGCAGGCUUUCUACAUGGUGGGUCCCAUUGAAGAAGUGGUCCAAAAGGCAGAGAAACUGGCAGAGGAGCACUCGUAAAUGCUGACGUAUGGAAGGAUCUCUGAAUUGUACAGUAUAAUUUCUAUUUGAGGAACUUCUGAUGUGUCAUGUUUGUGUUGCUCUGGAAGGAGAUUAAAGAUGAUACUGUAAUAUAUAACAAUGCUC